GUAUAUUAUCAAAUAAUGUAUAUUCAGUACAUCUUUAUUAUAUUAAAAAUAUUUUUUUUUAUUUAUGGAUCACAACAAAAUUUCUUGACGUAGACAAGUCUUGGUCAUCCAACUAGAUAUGUGGCAUUGGAUUCGAUCUUAUCCUAAUUUCUUUAGUACAAUAAUUCACUGGUAGGUACCAUCCAUACACAUAAUUUGUCAAAAGAAACAAUGCCAUUAUUAUUUCUCAUUGUGCACAUAUAAGACAAUAGAAAUUGUACAGUACCUACAGAAACAGCAAAUAACUCUAGCUUGGGGGUUUCUUUGAAGUUUCUUUGUUCCUUCCAAUGAAUUUCUCAGGUUUUUGGCUUCUUCAUUGCUGUUAAGCUACCGUUAAGUUAAAUCCUUCCAGUUUCUAAAGGCAAAUUAUGGCUGUUGCACUGCGGGCCGGUAUAGAUCUAUUCUGGUCUCUUAAAGACGCAAUGGAGCAGAUACUCUCAUUACGUAGUAAAUUUGAAGGAUAUAUGGAUUUUGAUGAAAAUCUGGAAACUCUAAAAGCUGAAGUAGAUCAACUUCAUAUGGAGGCGAAUGACAUGGAAGCAAAGUUGAAGAACUUAGAAAGAGGAGGGCAAAGGAAGAGGAAACAAGGAGUCGAGGGUUGGCUUCAGCAAGUAAAUAAGUUGGAAACAAACUUUGAAACAUUCAAGGAAAGCAUACAAGGUGCGGGAUUCAUAAUGAAGAAUGCUCGGAAGUUAAUAAAAGCACAAGAACUCGAAGGGAUGACAGAAAGAGUUAAAAAGCUUAGAGAAGAGGGCAGAAGUAAUACUGUUGAACCUACACUGGAUGUGAGUACAUCAUAUGAACUCAAUGUUGAUCAGUUAUUUGGGACAGCAUCUAAAAUUAAUUUAGUAGAAAUAUAUAGAUGGGUAGAGGAUGCAAAUGUGACUAGUAUCGGGGUGUAUGGAAUGGGAGGUGUUGGAAAGACAACUUUGGCACAACAUCUAUAUAACAAAAUCUGCAAAGAAAACCCUCGUGCUAAUGUUUACUGGGUUACAGUUUCUCAAGAUUUUAACAUCAGAAAAUUACAAGAUAACAUUGCGAGAAGUGCUGGUAUUGGAUUUUCGGAUGUGGACAAUGAAGUGCAAAGAGCUGCUAUUUUAUGCAGUCAUCUAGGGAGGAAUAAUGUUGUACUCAUAUUGGAUGAUGUGUGGGACAAAAUUGACUUGGUGAAAUUGGGUGUCCCUCAUAAGGAUAAGGGUUGCAAGCUCAUUUUAACAACUCGAUUACAAGAUGUGUGCCAUUGGAUUGGAUGCGACAAGCUGUUCAAAGUUGAUGUUUUUAAUGAGGAGGGAGCUUGGAAUUUGUUCAAGGAGGUUUUAGUACAAGAUAAGGAUAUUGUGCUCACUGAUGCUAUUGAAAAACAUGCCAAAGAAUUGGCCAAAAAGUGUGGCGGCUUACCAUUGGCACUCAAAACUUUAGCUGCAAGCAUGCGAGGGGUGAAUGAUAACCACAGUUGGAGGAAUGCCAUUAAGAAUUUCCGAAAUGGUUGUCCUCAAAUGGGAGAUCAGCUGGAAAAAGGUGUGUUUGAUAUACUCCAAUUUAGCUACAACAAAUUGGAUCGUGAAAAGUGGAAAAAGUGUUUCCUUUAUUGUUGUUUGUAUCCUGAAGAUGAUAAGAUUCCGAAGGAUGAAAUAAUAAUAAAGUUGAUUGCAGAAGGAUUAUGUGAAGAUAGAGAUGAAGGUCAUUCCAUAUUGAAUCAUCUAGAAAAGGUUUUCUUAUUGGAAGGGGGGGAAUGGUAUAACGGAAUAGGGUAUGUUAAGAUGCAUGAUUUAAUGAGAGAAAUGGCUUUAAGGAUCUCAAAGUUCAUGGUUAAAUCUAAUCUCACUGAAAUUCCGGAGGAGAAACAUUGGAUCGCUGAAUUGGAGAGAGUUUCUUUUAUGAGAAGUGAAAUAAAAGAAAUUCCAGAUGACUUUUCCCCCAGAUGCCCUAGCCUUUCAACCUUGAUUUUGCAAAGGCCUUAUUACAUGGAUUCCUUGCAGCUUCAAAGAAUCCCAGAAUCUUUCUUGUUGUACAUGAGGACACAGCUUCGUGUCCUAGAUUUAAGUUAUAACAAAGGGCUGGAGUGUCUUCCCAAUUCUAUCUCAGAUUUGGAGAAUCUUUAUGGAUUAUAUCUUAAAGGUUGUGAAAGGAUUAGUUGUUUGCCAGGAAUGAAGAAGCUGAAGAAAUUGAUGGUGUUAAAUAUUGAUGGUUGUGAAGGAAUUAGGGAAUUGCCUCAAGACAUGGGAUGUUUAGUGAAUCUCCAAUAUCUAUAUAUGAGGCACACAAGCAAAUACUUGGAGAUUCCGAAAGGGGUAAUAGCAAAUCUAAGAAAUCUUAGAUGCCUCCAUUUGCACUAUUGUCCGAGCUUGCAGAGUGAGGAAGUUAAUUGUUUGACACAUCUUCAAGAAUUUACAAACAUCUAUGAUGAUUUGCACAGCUUCAACAACACUACAUUGGUUAAAAAACUUGAGCAACUUAAAUGCUACCACAUAUCUGUAGGCUGCUGUGAUACAGAGCCAGAAAGUGAAGAGAGGAGUGUUUAUUUCAAUAAAAUCAAUUUUGAAGGGAAAAGAGGUCAAGAAGUUAAAGUAUUGCUUCCUGCAAACAUUUGUCGUUUACGAAUUAAGGAAUGUGACGGGUUAGAUGGGUGCAUAUUAGACCAUUUCCAAUCAAUGAGCAAUAAUCUGAGAGAACUACGUGUAUAUAAUUCCUUCGAAGCAGAGUGGAUUUGGGAUAGCGAACAAAUAAUAGAAAAUGCAGCCACCCCAUUUAAGUGUCCUGAGAAGUUGCAUCUCCAAAAGCUGCGCAAAGAUUAGUAAGUUUGUUUAAGGGAGAAGAUGUAAUUAUUCUUCCAGAUUGCACCUUCUCAUCCCUUAAACAUCUGUAUAUAUGGUAUUGUGAUAGUAUGAAGAAGUUGUUGUCACAGGCGUUAUUGCAAAAUCUCCAAAAUCUUGAGAUACUUGAGGCAGUAUGGUGUGAGAACCUAGAAGUGGUAAUAGGAGUUGGGGAUGAAGAAGGCAGCAGUAAUACCCGACCGUCAUCAUCCUCAAAUAUAUCAUGUCUACCCAAGCUUAAACACUUAGGACUAGAGGUGCUGCCAAAAUUGAAAAGCAUAUGCAAUGGUAGAGAAAUGGUUUGCCCUUCCAUUGAAGAAAUAAGCAUUUUCCGUUGUCAAAAUAUUAAGAGGAUGCCUUCAUUUCUUCCUAUUGAUGAAGCUAGUAAACAACCAUACCUUCCUUCAUCCUUUCAAAAGAUCAACUUA